AAGUGAGCGGAGUGAAUAGGUCUUGUCGCGUUUUAUUCUCUCUUCUCUCUUUGCUUUUGUCAAUGGCGCGGCUGGCACGGCUGGAGACGAAGCUGAAAUUUCCGUCCCUUCGCUCGCGAAAUCCUUGAGAGUGCCGGGCGAGUAGCGGAAAUCUGCGAGGUUCUUGGUCCAUGGAGGUAGAAUUGGGAGGUGAUGACGAGGAGAGCAGUAGUUCUUGGACGCCCCGAGGCAUUUCGAGGUAGAUGUGUUCUUGCGAGGUAGCAUGAGCGUUCUGGCUGAGAAUCUUAUGGGAAUCGAGCGCUCUUGCUGAGAAUCUCGCGAUCUGGCAUGGGGAUCGGGUCUCUCUGCUGAGAAUCUGGCGAAAUAACAUGGGGAUCGGGCGGUCGGGCUGAGAAUCUCUGCGAUUCAACCGGUUUCAAGUGUUCUUGCUGGGAAAUCUCAUUCAUGGGACCUUUGUGAUGCCGAGGCUCAAAGACGCGGCCGACAGGCGAAUCCAGCGGCCUUCCAUCCAGCGCCAAGCGAGAUCUCUUCACGGCGGCAAUGCAGGAAUCGCUGUAAACCCCGUGGAAGGUACUAUGAAGAUCGUUCCUCAAAAUCCCAAGCGACCGAUCAUGGAUCACGCAUCCGACGAGGAGGAUGCCAUCGACGACGAUCCAGGCGCGGGGCAGCAGCAUCACAUCGAGAAGAAGAGGCGGCUGAGCGUGGAUCAAGUGAAGUCCCUAGAAAGGCACUUUGAGCAGGACAACAAGCUGGAGCCGGAGCGCAAGCUCCAGCUUGCCAAAGAAUUGAGCCUCCAGCCCCGCCAAGUUGCUGUGUGGUUCCAAAACAGGCGGGCCAGGUGGAAGACCAAGCAGCUUGAAAAGGACUACGACGCGCUCAAGGAAAAUCUGGACGCUCUCCGCGGCGACUACAAAUCUCUGUUGAAAGAGAAGCAAGAGCUCGAGGCCGAGGUGAAUCGGCUUAACGAUCUACUCUCGUCCAAGCAAGAGGAGACGAAAGUGGUGGACGUGGGUGAUGAUCACAGCAACAAAACAAAGGAGAGUGAGGGCAAUUCCGCAAUCACGGUGACUGCUACUACUACUAUUACUACUCCGACGAUUGCCACCCGAAAGGAUUGCUCGAUCAACUCGUGGGAUAGCGACGGCGGCAGUGAGAUUGUGGACGAUGAUCCGGCAAUCACUCCUCGUCCGGAUCAGAGCGAGAGCGGCCGUUUCUCGUUACACGACGACGAGGAUCGCGUCCUCAUGAAUCCGUUGGAGUGUCACAUUGCCGCAAACUUCGACGACACAUACACGAAUUCGAUGGUUUACUCGUCGUCCCCGCCGCCACCUCCUCCCCCCGACGAUCGGAUGAUCCCCAAGCUCGAGGACACGGGAUACGACAGUGCUACUGCUGGGGGAUUCUUUGAUUUGGAUGAUCAAGGCUCGCUUUCGUGGUGGGAUUGGUCUUGACGAGGAGAAAUCGGGGAUGGAUGGAUGGAGAUGGGUAAAAUUGAGAGUUCAAAGGUACAGUGUAUUUUUCUAAGUUUUGGUUGAUCAAACUUUAGUAUAAGCUAGGUAGAGAGAGGGAGAGGAAAAAAUAUCAGGGGCGAUGCCAAAUGGCUCGGACCAUGGAAAAUGUACACAAAGAUGAAACAAAGCAAUAAAAGUUCUAUAGGCCACUGUUAACCUUU